CAACUUGAUGGAAGCAACAUGUCUGGUCGGGGCAAAGACGGCAAAGGACUUGGAAAGGGGGGUGCUAAGCGCCAUCAGAAGGUACUUUGCAAUAACAUUCAAGGUAUUACCAAACCGGCUAUUCGUCGUUUGGCUCGUCGUGGUGGUGUCAAGUGUAUUGGUGGGUUGAUCUAUGAAGAGACCUGUGGCGUGUUCAAAGUUUUUCUCGAAAACAUGAUCCGCGAUGCUGUUACUUACACUGAACAUGCGAAGCGGAAGACUGUGACAGCCAUGGAUGUGGUUUACGCUCUAAAACGCCAGAGUCAUACUCUGUACGGAUUCGGGGGCUAA